UCUCGCCAUACUGCCAUUUUGGAUCGUGGUCAUGCUGAAUUCCAGUUUCUAUACACCAACACCACCGAUUCAGGCGAGAUCAUACCGGAGGACAAUGUGAUUACCGAAUCGCAGCUACCCGAAGAAUCAAUGAUCAUGAACUUGGCAGCAAUGGAGAACCAACUUGCCAUGAAUGGUAUGCCAAGACGUGAAGAUGAGGUUAAAUUCACAUCUCCACCUCAAUUCCUUCGCCCUCUCCUUCCACAAAUAAACCUGAAAGAGAAUGAACGAGCCAAGUUCGAGACUUUUGUGCAACCUGCCAACGAUCCAAGCCUAACUGUUGAAUGGUUUAAAAAUGGAGAACCACUGAAAACUGGUUGUCGUUUCACGGAGACCAUGGACCGUGGCUACGUCAUUCUUGACAUCCAUUACAUAUAUCCCGAAGACAGCGGUAAAUAUCAUUGUGUUGCCAAGAAUAACGCUGGAUCUACUCCUAGCAAUGUUGUUGACUUGACCUGCAAAGGCGGAGUGGGAAUUGUUACUGACUCCGUGCUCUCCGCUGAGUCUGUCCACUACCUUCAAAGUCUCGACGCACUUGACAGCUCAACUUCACAAGAUCAACGCUACACCGAGACAGAACAACAGCCAGCUGCUCCCACAUUUGAGCUGAAGCCAAAUAACACAACUGCAAUCGAAGGUUCUCCAUUGCGCCUGCUUGUCAAAGCUGGUGGUUACCCACCACCACGCGUGCAAUGGCUCAUCAAUGGUGACAUUCUGCCCUCAAGCGGUGGUGGAGGUGCUUGGCGUAUCUACAACGAUGGUGGUAUUAGUUACUUGGAAUUCAAUCGUUGCGGACCACCUGGCGAGUAUACAGUCACUGCUGUGGCAAAGAACAGCCUUGGGGAGGCUCAUGCCGAAUGCAGUCUUGUCAUUGAUCCUCAGCCUGAUUAUCGACCGGAUCUCAAACAUGUCGCUCCUGAAAAUCCAUUCAGACGCAUGGCCAGUCUAAAGCGUGUGGAGCGAACAGACGAAUUGAAGAACGCAUUUGAGAAGACCAAACCGAAGGUUCUUGAACUGUGCAAACUUGAACGAAGAAACAGUCAGAUUGAGGGUCUGAACGACACAGAACAGCUCUAUGCACAAGUUCAAGCUUCACUACGCUCAAAUCGUCGUUCGAUCUCUAGUGGUCCACCACGUGGUCUCCAGCAGUCGGCGCCACGCCCAGUGGAACAGCCACCGCCGGCACCACCUGCUGCCCCACCAGUUCAACAACCCGUUGUUAUGCAGCAUUAA